UUUUACUCGCCCAUUACAAUGCUGAUGUGUCCCGUCUAUACGUAGCCGGUCCCUUAGUGUAACUUCCUGUUUCCGUCCGGUCUAAAUUAGAAGUUACCCUGCAUGAUGCCUCCAGCUGGUGGGCUCCGCAGAAGAGGGGCACCCAGUGGGUGGUCGUCAGGGUCCCUCUCAGGCCUGACUGAGGUCGUGCGACAAGGAUGGCAGAGCAAACAACAACUUCUGACCGACCCCCGGUACACGGCCGUGCUUGGGGCAUUUCUGUGCUUCCUAGAGCUGGGGGUCACCCACUGGGUCAUACAGAAAGUGCCAUAUACCGAGAUAGACUGGAAAGCCUAUAUGGAUGAGGUAGAAGGAGUACUAAACGGCACCUAUGACUAUACGAAGCUUCAGGGCGACACCGGACCCCUGGUGUACCCUGCAGGAUUUGUUUACAUUUUUAGCGCGCUGUACUACAUAACAGAGCACGGCAGUAACAUUCGGUUGGCCCAGUACAUAUUCGCUGCUCUCUAUCUAGUAACGCUGCUUCUCGUAUUCCGUAUCUACGCGGUCACCAAGAAGGUACCACCAUAUGUCUUUUUCUUCAUGUGCUGCGCCUCUUACCGUGUGCACUCCAUCUUUUUGCUGCGGCUUUUCAAUGAUCCAGUAGCUAUGGCUAUCCUUUUUUUCUCCAUCAACUUACUGCUGCAGGACCGCUGGAACUGGGGCUGCUUCUUUUACAGCUUGGCUGUAUCUGUCAAGAUGAACAUACUACUGCUGGCCCCGGGACUGCUCUACCUACUGUUAUGGAGAUUUGGCUUUCUGCACACUCUACCAAAGCUGGGUAUUUGUGGUCUACUGCAGGUGGUGCUGGCUCUUCCAUUCCUGCUGGAAAAUCCUACCGGAUACCUACUCCGGUCCUUUGAUUUUGGGAGACAGUUUCUCUUCGAGUGGACAGUGAAUUGGCGGUUUCUUCCCGAGUCUGUGUUCCAGCACCGGGCUUUCCACUUCGUAUUGCUGACGGCUCACCUGGCUUCACUGCUGUUAUUUUUCCUUCACCGUUGGCACAAAUCUGGGCAAGGCAUCAUGUCGCUUCUGAAGGCUCCAGGCCAGAGGAAACAAUCUUCGCACCAACUUUCUGCAAACAAGAUAAUAUUUGUCUUGUUCUCCAGUAAUUUCUUGGGCGUUAUGUUCAGCCGUUCUCUGCAUUACCAGUUUUACGUCUGGUACUUCCACUCGUUGCCGUAUCUUCUGUGGUGUACAGAUACCACAGCCUUGCCAGCGCUAGCUAAGAUCCUCAUCCUAGGCCUGAUCGAGCUGUCAUGGAAUACUUUUCCUUCCACCGUCUUCAGCUCCAUAGUACUUCACCUUUGUCACGGAGCUAUUCUGCUUCACGUGUGGUACGGUACGCCACCUGAUGAUACUUAUGCUCCUAGCACCGCAAGCAGCACACGGGCCUCUCGUAAGAGGAAGGACUAAUUUCCCAAAGCCAUUUAAGGGAAUUAAAUACAUAAACUUGGCAGCCUCAUGGCCAAUACUCAGGACAGCACAUUCAAAGGAUGGUGCUAAGAACUGAUCUCCCACUAUUCUCAUUCUGGUGGAUUUUCAGCUAUACAAUCAUGUAUGUUUUAUUUUUUGUUUUUUAAUCUAAUAAAUACAGAAUUUAAGUGAAA